CUCACCUUUGAUAGCAUUCUCACAGGCUACCAGCCUAAGACACUCUCCAAACCAGAGCCAUCCUUCUGGUUCUUUUGUUUUUCAAUAUGCAGAAUGAGUUACCACCAAAAAAUGAAGGGGACCCUCGCUCUUUGUCAUGCUGAGUCACAAUGACUGUAUUCAAGAAGACAGCCGUUCAGAAGGUGAAGCCAAAUCUUAAGAAAAGUAGCUUGCAGCUCUGCAGCCUGCUGUGGGACCUCAGCUCCUACCCAACAGAAGGACGCCAGGGGAAAGCUGCUAAAGACAUUCAUAGUUCUGCUCUGGUCACAGCAAGCUAUGACGAGGACUUCUACAUGCAUAUACCACUUCCUUGUUUUGAACUGGUAUGUUUUCCUCAAUUAUUACAUCUCACAACAAGAAAAGGAUAAGCAGAAAUCCAAAAUCUUUCAAAACGGUGGACAGUGGAAGUACUUGACAUUCCUUAAUCUGUUCUUGCAGGCCAUUUUCUAUGGAGUCGCCUGCCUGGAAGAUACACUGAAAAGAAUGAAAGGGAAAAAAGACAUUAAGUUCGUAACUGCCUUCAGGGACCUGCUUUUCACCACACUGGCCUUUCCUGUAUCCACAUUUGUAUUUUUGUCAUUCUGGAUCCUCUUUCUCUAUGAUCGAGAACUUGUUUACCCUAAGCACCUAGAUGGGAUCUUUCCAGUGUGGAUGAAUCAUGCAAUGCACACAUCCAUAUUCCCCUUCUCACUGGUUGAAAUCAUCCUCAGGCCACACUGCUAUCCAAUGAAGAAGAAAGGACUCACCUUGUUGGCAGCUGCUUGCCUUGUUUACAUUAGCAGGGUUCUAUGGAUCUACUUAAGGACUGGUACAUGGGUGUAUCCGGUGUUUGCCAAACUCAGUGCAGUGGGUCUAGCAGUCUUCUUCUCUUUGAGCUACAUCUUUAGUGCCAGCAUCUACCUACUUGGAGAGAAGCUCAACCACUGGAAAUGGGGUGACCUGGGGCAGUCAAGGAAAAAGAAGAAGUGAUUAUUUGCUGUUUUGCAAGAACUAAAAAGGAAGACAACAUGAAAGUUUUCUUAAUCUUUUUUUUUAUUUGGUAGGGGGAGGUGGUGGAGAACCAUAAGAAAGUAGACAGUAAACAAUAUUUAAAUUUAAUAAGAGGGUUAUGAAGGUAGAUUAAUUUGAGGAUUCCUGGGUUUUGAAAGGCUUACUGGACAUGCCAAAAAUAGCUCCUGCUGUUUCAGAAUUUAUUACCUUCAUAUGAUCUCUGUGGAGGACAGUCUGUGGUCAAAAUCUGGUCAUAGGCCAAAGAAACUCAUAAUUCAGUGUUAGAGAAUGUUUACACAGAGAAAAGAAUUCAGGAUCAUUUAAACUCCUCACAGAAGCAGUUGUGGACCUGGAUGAGAAGUUACCUGCAUGAGGCCAAAGACUUAGUGUGAGAACUGAGACAAGAGCUUUUGUCUCCCAGAUAUGUUAAUUCCCAGCCUUGUGCCAUUUUUUAAUAAUCCCAACUUUCCUAAAAAUAAGCAUUUUCGUAAGCUAGCUAUUUUCAUGGACUGCUCAUCUGUUAUUUUUCCCCCUCAAUCUGGAUAGAAGUGUAGGGAGAUGGCAGCUACUAAAGUUGUCUACCUGGCAUGAUAUUUGGGACAAUGAGAAAAUAAGUUAUAAAAAAUAUUAGGAAAUCUGUCCCCCUUGUGGGCAACGUUCUGGGAAGGUAUAAAUACUGAACCUGGUGACACUGUCAAAAUUUCUUCUAUUCAAGUAUUGAUUAACUUGUCAAAUAAGUGUAUAUUUUACUUGGGGAACAGUCUAACUGGGAAAGUGAUAUGGUUAUGAGGAGUGCAGAGAGUGCUUUGGAGCAAAUCACUUUACUGAGUUAAUUUAUGACUUAACAAAGCUGACUGUCAGUAAGCACAUUAAUAAACCCUGUUUUGACUUUUCUAGUGGAAUUUCCCAGGUCUUACAAGCCUAUUUGGUAAAGAACACAAAUGAUAAAUGUCUAGUGAUGAAUAGAGAUAGUCAAAUGUAAUAAUGUGUCAUGAGGCCCAGGGAUCGGGUUUUGGGCACCAGGGUAAAUUGUACUUGGGCUUCACAACCAAACAUAGUACAGGAGAAAUUUGGUGAAAAUGCAUAAAAUGUGGUAAAACUGCCUGGGACCAAAUAAAACUUUGAUUGCUACAUAA